GUUUUUGUGAUUUAUGUGUAAAUUGUGUAACAUGUGAUAUCAUUUGGUGAUAAUAAUUUUGAAGUGUGAGAACUUGUCUUGAAGACUGCCUUAAGCCAUAGCUAAAAAAUGAGUGCUAAAAUCGAGGUGGUUAAGAAAGCGUGGCGAGAAUCUGCCACCCUUUUGGUUCUUGGUCGAAAUAUGUUGAAAAAUCAACAGUCAACCGAGUGUAACUACAAGGUUCUCGUCAUGAAGCGCUCCAAGCAAUCGUCAUUUAUGCCGAAUGGUUUUGUCUUCCCCGGCGGAGCUGUGGACAAAAGUGAUGACAGUGUUGAUUGGGUCGAACUGUACAAAUCAUUCGGUGUGACGAAUGAGCGAAUUAAGGAAAUUAGUUCGGUGAAGGGUCAACGACCGUUCAUAUUCCUAAAGAAGGAAGAACAUGCUAUUCCCAGAGAAGUUUCAUUGCGCAUUACCGCUAUCAGGGAAGCGUUUGAGGAGCUUGGAUUAUUAUUAGUGAAAAAUCGUGACCAACUUCGCACGAACUCCUCAUUUUCUACGCAUUGCCGUCCCGUUGAAAUUGAACGUUGGCAGAAUGAGGUACACAACGACGCGUCGAAAUUUUACGAACUGUGCAAGCAGUUGCAAGUGGUACCAGACAUUACAACUUGUUUUGAAUGGGCUGCGUGGCUGACACCGUCCACUUUUAGGGGCAGAUUCGAAACUGCUUUCUUUCUUUGUGCUUUGGACGAUCAACCAGAACUUCUUAUGGAAAAGAAUGAAGUUCAGGAGUUCUUGUGGGAUUCGCCGCGCAAUCUUUUGAAAAUGUUUGCUGACAACAAAAUCUGGCUUCCGCCACCCCAGUGCUACGAACUGCUUAGACUUUGUCACAUUAACGACAUUGACGACGUUGUCAGUUUUGCAAAAUCACGUAACAACAAGGGCAUCACUUUGCACCUCCCUAUGUACUACGAAGCCACUGACGGAUCGGUUUUUGCGUAUCCGGGAGACGAUCUGUAUCCAACCGAUCCGUGCUAUACGCACACAGUUCAUGAUCCAAGCAUUUACAAGGAAAAAUCAUGCGAAGAGAUCAGAGCUUUGGCUACGAAAAUGCAUCGAUAUGAAUUGAUGCCGUCGAAAGGUGGUUUUUCGUUUCAAAUGAAUAUCGAACCGUUCAAUGGACACCUGAGCCCCAUCGUGCCAAAUUUAUUGGGAUAAGUGAGAUCAAAUUUGAACGUGAACUGAACGAAAUAUCUUGAGAACUCAGGUACAUUAGAAGUACAUGAUGACCUCUGAUUUCGUACAAAUUUCUUCAAUUUUUUCUAGUCUUUCUCCAAUGCUAAUUUUUCUCUUUCAUCACACUUUGUAAUACGAGGGUUUGUUAGUCCUUGAGUACUAAAGUGGUUCUUAAGUUUAUUCGUGUUCAUACAGUUAGUGAACCAAAGGCUUAUGCAGAAUCAGCAACAGCUGAACAUCUCCAGCUGGUCGACAAAGACAAUACCUUUGUAUCGAAAACAAUUCAAAGGCAAGCUACAUACAGUGCGUGCAUACGUUAAGGUCAUGUGAGCACGUAACACGUAUGACUGUAGUAAAUUCGUUGUUUAGAAUGUUUUUUGAUUGUAUCUUAUACACGUAGGGUGUGUUUUUCGAUCAGCUGAUGAAGUUCAGCUGUUGCUGAUUCUGCAUAACCCUUUGGUUUACAAACUGUAUUCACGCCGUAAAUGUGCUUCAGAAUUUAAAUUUUGGAUGAACAAAUCAACGCAAUCUUAUAUGAGAAUAUCGGGAACUUCGGACUAGUUGAAAGCUGCGUUUGUUUAGCCCUUGUCUCAUUUUUAAUAUUCAGCGCACCUACGGCGUCAAUGUGCAAUCCAAUUAGUGUGAUAAAUUUUCAUUUAACCAAAAAAGGUUUUUAAAAUCAAAAACGUAAACGUCCCAAAGUGAUUGAAUUUGAAUAGAUAAAGACUUUUAGGCUUUAAAUUACGUAGAAAGUUAAGAACUUUCGAUUAUUAUGUUAAAAUAUUGAAAAUUUGGCAUUUUUAUACAACAAUAAAAUUUACAGAAC